AUGCCUCACUCAGCUUACUCCACGGUGCUCGUUGUCCCUUUGGUCUUGUGUCUUUGCGCGCGCCUCGCCGCUGCUGUUGCGGCUUGCCCGGGAAGUCAUUGCUACAUCCCCGCCACCUCCCCAAUCGCAAACCCCAAACUCAACACCAACAUCACCACCACAACACCUCCACCCAACCCCUCUCCCCACAGAAACAAAACUCUGCAUCGGACUCGGCGUCUCCGGCAGCGACGCCGUCGUCCUCCUACUCCUUACGCUUUUUCUAAAGUUCCGCCGCCGGCAACGGCAAGGGAAGAAAAGGAAGACGGGCUUACGGACGGGCUUGGCGGGGGAGAGUAAGCAUGGGAAGGCUACUGUGUUGGAGGAGGUGUACGAGAUUGGAGAAGGCGAGGUGUUGGAG